UGAGAGAGAAAAGGAGAGGAGGGGGAGAAGAAAGAGGAAUUUAAAAAAGAAAAGGAAGAAAGGAGACAGGGGAGGAGGGAGGGAGGAGAGAGAGAGAGGGUGAGAGUGAGAGCGAGCACCGCGAUUCAAAAAAAAAAAAAAAAAAAAAGAAAAAAAAAGGAAAGAUGUCAUCGUGCGAAGGGAAGCGCCGAGGUGGAGCGGUAGGCCGCGGCCGGGCUCCGGCACCACUUGCCCGGGUCACGGCGUGAACGCAACACCGAGGCUUCGACCAAAACACCCGAUUGGCCUGUUCGGGGCGGGCGGGGGGAAGCCAGGGGAGGGGGACAAAAAUAACAACACAGAUUUAUGAAUCGGUUCGGUUUUUUAAACCUCUUUCAAAACGCGUCAGUCCCAUACUGUGUGACGGUUAAAACAAGGUCUAAAAACGAAGCAGAUCAUAAUGUGUUUUGCUGCAUGUUGUGUGUAAGGUUGUAUAACUAACAAUUACUGCUUUCGUUCGUCGAGUUGCUUAAUUGCGUGUUAAGUUUCCGACGGUUCAGCGAACAUUGCGGUUAGUUUACAUAUACAUGUAGUAGUGAUAAUUGUCCGGUUUGAACUGGAUUAUAACAGCGAGCGCUUCUGUGCAGAUACACUGAUUUUAAUCCAUCACUGCGAUAGUUCAGUGUAUCAGGCAAUAAAAGUGACAUUCUGACUAUUAUUAUUAUCAUUAUUAUUAUUAUUAUUAUUAUUAUUAUCGCAGUGCUGGUAGGUUUCUUAUGUUAGAGGACACCAGCAAGUCGCGGCUGAAUCGGAAAGUUUUAGUCUGUAGUUAUUUAUCUCUUACCUGCGGAACAACAUGGACACUGCAUGGAGCAGUUUUCUCUUCCAGACCACGCCCACCCAAACCCAUCUGGAGGGCUCUCUCCAAUCAGAGCUCAUGCAGGUCCACGCGAGCUCGCCUCAGAGCCCGCCCCCCGAGCCCGUGGCCACGCCCCCGUCGACUGUGGACACCACCGCCCUCAGUGAGGACCCUGUACCUGAAAAGCCACCAGUUCGACCAGGCCGUGCUGCUCAUAUCUGUGCCAUCUGCAACAAGCAAUUCAAAAAUAGCUACAACCUGCGGCGGCACCAGUCUGUUCACACAGGUGUGCGUCUAAAAGGAGGGUCCUCCCAGAACCGGGAAGGCGGCUCUAAAGAGGCUACUGAGCCUCUGUCCCUUCUCCAACUCAGUAUAGUCCCACCCACUUCAGGGCUUCCCACACCGCCUCCGCAGCAGCCGCUGCUUACUCAUGACACCAGUGAUUUAGCCAUGACCAGCACAGUCACGCCCCUUCCCCCCCCAACAGCCAUCGUCAUGCCAACGGGGGAGCCAGUCCAGAGGCCGGUGAACCCAACCCCAAAUGCUAAUGUGGUGCGAAAGAAUCACGCAUGUGAGACUUGUGGGAAGGCCUUCAGGGACGUUUACCACCUGAAUCGGCACCGGCUCUCGCACUCGGAUGAGAAGCCCUUCUCCUGUCCCGUGUGCCAGCAGCGCUUUAAGAGGAAAGACCGAAUGAGCCACCACGUGCGCUCACACCAGGGUGGCGUUGAGAAGCCCUACGUGUGCCCGCACUGUGCCAAGGCCUUUUCUCGCCCUGACCACCUCAACAGCCAUGUCAGACAAGUUCAUUCUACAGAACGACCUUUUAAAUGUCCGACGUGUGAAUCGAGUUUUGCCACAAAAGAUCGACUGCGCGCUCAUAUGAUCCGGCAUGAGGAGAAGGUUCCAUGUCACAUCUGCGGCAAACUGCUCUCAGCUGCAUACAUCACUGAUCACAUGAGGGUGCACAACCAGUCACAACAUCAUGCCUGCCAUCUGUGUAACAGAAGUUUUACAACGCUUACGUACCUGCGCAUACAUGCUCAGAAGCACCACGGUCAGGAGUGGAAGGAAAGCGGCUUUGGUUCCAGUGGUUCUGUUCUAGUAUGUCAUUUGUGUGGCGUGCACUGCAAGACCCUCACGCAGCUGCAGGGCCACAUGGGUACCCACAAUCCCCCAGGCAGCAGCAGUGGAGAGGGUGCACCUGAUGGCACAGUGGUGCUGAGCAGCAGCAGCAGCAGCAUGGCACCGGCACCUGCUGUCUUUGUGAGCGCCAACACCAUGGUGGACCUGCUGGUCACCGACUGUUCCUGCAUCGCACAGGAGCCACAGAGCUAGUACUGCAUGCCUGUAACACACAUCUAUAGUCACAGACAUCCACAUGCAAUCACACACACACACACACACACACACACAAGCACCCAGCUCUGUACAUACCAUUGUAUUGCAUAGGACAUGUUUAUGUAAAUGGUAUAUACCAGGACUAUUCAAUUAGCAGGUUGUUAACGAUACUAUAAUAAAGUUGUUGUAAUUGAUUUUGUAGCUAAACUGUCUUUACAUUCUAAUAGCAAUCAGUAACACUUUGGGAAAAUGUGUGACUGGGCUCUGGACCCAGCAACUAAAAAUGAACAAGGUCGUUCUCCUUAUAUUAAGCAAUCAGGAAACUUCUUUUCGAAGAGGUAGUCCUCUCUGCAUGUGCACAGGCAGGUCAUAUAAGUUUCGCUAUAAAUAAGCAAGAAGGGAAGCUCAAUCUUAAAUGGGUCGUCUUAGGAUUAUGGAAGAGUCAUUGCUAUAUCUUACAGAAGUGAUUGCAAAGAAGGCUGACAUUUGACCAAAAUUUCUGGUCCCACUGUUGAUGGAUUUGAGAAAAUGAAGAGUGGAAAUGAAAGCAUACAGGAAAACAAACAGGACUGAGCAAGAGAGAAGAGUAAACAUUUGUGUCUUCCAGUGCUGGAGAGACUUGAUAGAUUUGAAGUGCUUUGCUGCUUGGUGGAAUUAUUAUGCUUAGUGUCAUAUUUGUGAGGAUGAAUUCCUUCCAAAUUUACAUGACAUGGUUAACUAGAAAGAAAACAGCCCUCCAGUGUCUCAGUGUUUAGCCAUGAGUGUCGUUUGCUUGGAUGUCGCUUACAAAAGCAUCAAUGUUGGUGCCUCAGAUCUACCCAGACAAUUGCACACUGAUUCUACAAAUUAAAUUAUUAAGUGUAUGCAUUGCUAAAUUUGUUGAUCUGAUAUCAAGUUUUUUAACUGCUUGCUGUGACCCAAGCACUGCCACUUUCCGCUUCCUUGUCUUUAAAAGGAGGAUGUUUGGAUAGAGCAAGUGAAGUGUCUAAGUCUGGCAAAAAUUAGAGAAAAAAUCUUCAAAAUCACUAAAUAUUGAACAGCUUUAGCGAAUGCUAAAACCUUCCUAGACAACAUAGUGACAUCCACUUCUUAUCAGUUAUAAUCACUGUAUUGUGUUGUCAUUGUGUCUUUUAGUCACAAGAUCACUGAUAGAUCAAACAUUUAUGUGCAGGUUCAGCAUGUCUGUCUCAUUGCCAAAAAGGUCAGUAGUCAUAAAUAGUUAAAAAUAAAUAAAUAAAUAAAUAUGAAUAGUAAAAAAACAAUCCUGAUAGACUAAUAAAUACUUUAGCCCAUGUGUGUUGUGUGAUAAAAGCAUGGGUCCCAUGCAGAUUUGCUUUCCAUCACAAAGUAAAAAGAAUUACAUUGAUUGAUGUAUACUGAUGAAAUAAUAGCUCUGUUGUGUCGUUUUAUUGUGUUUUGUUCUAAAAAAAAAUAUAUUGUAGCAUGCUUUUGUUUACCAUUAGGCUGUUGACUUGUAUUUCCCUACAUGAUGAAUAGCCCUGGUAUAUACUAUAACUCUGUCUCUCUCUCUCUCUCUCUCUCUCUCUCUCUUAAACAUACCAAUCCACAUUGUUGAGCAAAUACUGUGAAAAGAGCUAUUACACAGCUAGCUGAGCAGACACACACACAUACUCACCAAUUACACAGCCACUGUAGCAAAUAAGAAAGGGAACUCAAUACGCAUGAACACUACGUAUACCAGUCUCCACAGCACGAUGUAGAUCUUCAGUGUAUUAUUGCAACAUGAUCAGAGGUGCCUGUGAAGUCCAUGGUGGCUUCAAAGUGGCAUGAGGGCAAUUAGACACUUAAUUUCAGUACUACGUACGAUUGCACUGGCUGGAUCUCUCUCCUUAUUGUUGUUCUUAAAAUCUGUUUUGCUCUUAUUGCUGCAGGAUACAACGAUACUGUGAUUGUGACUUCCUACUGUAUUUCAUAUUCUGCUCUCUCUGCCACACCUUUCUACUCACACACUCUAAACCAUGAAGAGGUGAAAAGGGGUUGAUAAAAAAAAAAGAGGUCAAAUAAAA